AUGUCGCCGUCACGAGGAGCGUUCAAUCCAGAUCCGGAAGACUGGAGCACUCUGCUCGCCGUGACGGCCUUUCUGUCCAUUGCGCUGUAUAAUUUCUUCGAGCUCAACACCAUCAUAUACACGACAUUCAAGCGCCGCUCUGGACUAUACUUUUGGAGCUUCUUGAUAUCGACAAACGGCGUCGCCCCAUAUGCCAUCGGUUUCCUGCUCAAGGAUCUCGACCUGUCGCCCAGCGUCUAUAUUGAUAUAUCGCUCAUCAUUGUUGGCUGGGUGUGCAUGGUCACGGGCCAAUCAUUUGUUCUCUACUCGAGAUUACACCUCGUGAUGCGAGAACGGGAGAAGCUGCGGCUUGUACUGAUCAUGAUCAUCGUUAAUGGCUUUGUCUGCCACGUCCCCGCCACGAUCCUCGUGUAUGGUGCCAAUUCGGCGCACCCGGACAAGUGGCUCAAGCCCUACAACAUCUUUGAGAAGAUCGAGGUGACGCUCUUCUUUAUCCAGGAAACCAUUCUUUCUGGUAUAUAUAUCUACCAGACGCUCGGUUUCUUCCGGCUCGAAUCGGCGCUGCACGGCAAGGCAGCCACGAAGCUCAUGAUACAUCUGAUUUGGAUAAACGUUCUCAUAAUCAUUCUGGAUUCGAGCAUAAUUUCGCUCGAAUUUGCCAACUUUUACAACAUGCAGACGGCGGUCAAGGGACUCGUCUACAGCAUCAAGCUCAAGCUCGAGUUCAAGGUCCUCAACGACCUGAUUGAGUUGACAAAAGCCGGCUCGACCCUCAACGAAUUCCCCUCGGCAACUUGCGGGAGUCAUCAUUGUUAUUGUGCUCAUGGCGGACGUCACGAUGGGCUUCAAGGGAUCGCGGCAAACGGCAUGGUGCCGGGCGGGAUUAUCGGGGACCACGGCGACUGCGGCGGCGGCGAUGACAGCGGCGGAGGAAUUUACGACGGCACAGACCCGCGAAGCACAACAGUCGACUUUGAAACGUUUAACGAGACCAUGAUGAGCCGGAUGCGCGACGGCGCCAAGAGCGAGCGGGCCGAGAGCGCAUACGAGGUGCGCAUCUUUUCAGACGGCGGCGGCGCGGGCGGCGAAACGGCUGGAGGCGGAGGUGAGCAUGGGAACAAUGCGCCUCCCGAGGGCGGCAUUACCGUGCGUACCGAGACCGAAGUCUGUACAACUCGUCUGGACGACUGGGAAAACAUGGAGUGGCCAGGGCUGGAGGAGGCCAUAGCACACGCAAGCCGGCCGGUCACCCGGGCUGACGUGUCGCGUCGGCAGUCGUCCGAGAUCGACUUUGCCAAUAAGCAGGCCUAG